AUGGCGGCCAUGAGCCUGCUGCUGCGGGCAGCGGCUGUCUGGGGAGCUCGGCGGGCAGCGAGCGGAGCGGUGGUCGGUACUCGCCUCCCCUGCCUCACCGGGAUCGCCCGCCUCCCCGGCAGCCUCGCUCCUGUACGACAUAGCAGUGGCCAUGGGAAGAGAAUGUUUAUUAUCAAGGCAACAAGUUUUUAUGACAAUCGCUUUUUGAGCUUGUUGAGAUUCUAUAUAUUUUUGACAGGAAUACCAGUGGCAUUAUUCAUAACAUAUGUCAACAUCUUCAUUGGUGAAGCUGAACUUGCAGAGAUUCCUGAAGGUUAUGUUCCAGAGUACUGGGAAUACUACCAACACCCUAUAAGUCGAUGGAUAGCUCGUUACUUGCUUGACCCCCCUGCAAAGGACUAUGAGAAAGAGCUAGCUAUGCUUGAUAUUGAAGCAAGGAAAGCUGACCUGAGGCUGAAGGAGCUGGAGGCACGCAGACUGAUGAGGCACAGGGGAGAUGGACCUUGGUAUCAUUAUGAAACACCAGAUAAAAACCUUGUUGACAACUCUAUGAAAGCCACACCUGACAAUUGAGCAAUUUUAGAACAGCAUGCAAGGUCUUAAAUGCAUAUUGACGAGUUGUGGCUGAGCUAUGUGAUAUACAUCCUGCUCUUUACUGAUGGAAAUUAAUAAACAAUGUUUGUGUUAAUUCCAAUAAUGUGAAAGAAACUGUGUGGCAGUUAAGCUCAUGUAGCUGUUAAAAUUGUCAAGUCAGAGAAAAUGCCUUAUGUCACUUGCCAGCAAUGACUCGUUUUCUACAGAACAACAAUGCAGAAUGGGAUUUCUGUCCUAAUAUAUGUGAAAAAAAAUUGGGAAUAUGUCUUCACCAUGUGAUUUCUCAUAUUUAAAGUUUUAAAUGAAAGACACAGGAAACUGUAGGGCUUUUUUUCUCUGAGUGCCUCAUGUCAGAUAAUUUGUGGAAGAUGAACUAAGACAAAUGCCUUCAAACAUUUGGAGUGUUAGGAUUACAUCUGCCACUUGAGACAAAUUCUUUCUCAUUACUUGUAGUUAAACUCAUCUUUCAUAGUAAUUUUUUUCCCAACUUGCGUAUUUUUCAACAUCUGCUAUCAUAUUCUCUGCAUCAUCUCAAAAUUUUCUCUCCCUAUGUAACUGUUAAUACCUUUCAUCCCUGACAGUAUCAGCCAUGUUCCCUCUUCCUUUAUCAAUUUUAUUACCAGUUUUAAACUUU